AUGGUGGCAAUGUUUGUAAAUACGCUCCAACCACCAUUUUAUGAACAUAUGGUGGGAAAUGUAUCUUCAAAUUUUGCCGAUAUCAUCGUGAUAGGUGAGCGGAUAGAGAUCGGGUUGAAAAAUGGGAAGAUUGCAUAUGGCUCGUCGGUGGUUGCAAAUUCCAAAAAACCCAAUUUCAACUCAGGGAAAAGAAAAGAGGGAGAUGUGCAUGCAACAACUGCAACCCCCGUGUGGAGAGGUCAGGCUCCCACUCAUAACUAUCGACCAUACUGGGGUCAACAUCCACAUGCAGCUAACGCGUCAUUUGGUCAUCAAAUUAGGCCUCAACAACAACCAGGGUACUAUCAACCACAAUACAUUCCGACGAAUGAUUGGAGGGGAGGGGCAAACGUAGGUUCCAAUAUGAAUGUGGGUCCAAAUACUUAUCCAAGAAGGAACCAAGAAAGAAAUUAUGUUAACUUUACCCCAAUUCCUACCACUUAUACGGAAUUAUUGCCUCAUCUUAUCAAACAAGGUCUGGUUGUCGUUUGUCCCCUGAAGCCUUUGCAGCCUCCGUACCCAAGAGGCUUUGAUGCAGAGGCAAAAUGUAGUUAUCAUGGAGGGGCCGCUGGUCAUUCCACUGAGAGUAUUGAGGCCAAUCCUUUAUUGGGGCAUGGAAGUGCUUCGACGAAUGCUGUCGAAGUAAAAGAGCAUGAGCUGGUGAGAAAUGUGAAAAAAGUCAGGAACUCUAGGAGGUUUAUUUUGGAGGUAUUGCUGAAAGUGGGUAUCUUGAAGGGUGAUUAUGAUGAGAGUAUGGCAUGCGCGCUCCACCCAGAUGCUGAGCACUCUAUUGAGGAGUGUGUUAAGUUUGAGGAAAUUCUACAAGACCUGCUAGAUCGUGGUAUGAUGCAGGUAUGUUACAAGAGGGAGGAGGGAGAUGUAUUUGCACAAACUAGUGAUGAAUCCGGCAUGAUUUUACCAGAACCAUUGGUGAUUCGUUUCACUAAGACUACCUCUAUCCCACCAACUCAAGGAAGGUCGCCCGUUGUUAUCCGUGUACCAGCUCUUUUUCCUUACAAGAACGAAAAAGUCGUCCCAUGGAGAUAUGGGACACACGCGUCAAGCGAAGAACAAAGCGUUGACCCUGCCGUCAAAAACAUAUCAGGGAUAGGUGGAAUGACUAGGAGUGGUCGAAUUUUCACAUCAUCAGAGUUGGCACGAGAAAGAGUUAAUGAUAAGGAAGCAACGAUGGCCGCGAAGGCAAAAGAAUUCUUAAAGGGGAAGGGUGCACAGACAGAGGAGAUCCCCGACAAGGAAGAGAGGAGAGAAGUUUCUGAAGAGGAGGCUUGUGAAUUUUUAAAAUUCAUACAACAAAGUGAGUAUAAGGUGGUGGAAUAG